AUGACAGAAAACGCCAAGAGCAUGGAUGACAAAGCAAAGAAAGAAAAACUUCCAAUGCCAAAAUGUCCAGUCAAAGUAGGAAAGGCAUUUAAAUCUGUUAGUGUAAUUGAUCAAGGAUCAUUCGGAAUAGUAUAUCUGGCCAUCGGGCUAAAUGAUGAAACUUGUGCGAUAAAGUGCAUCCCACAAGACCCUAAAAUUCGUAGCAGAGAAAUUAAAGUGAUGUUAAGAUUGCAUCAUCAUAAUUGUGUGAAACUGAGAAGACAUUUUCAGACACAUGAUAAAAAAUACGAUCGAGACGUUGAAAACAUUGUCAUGGAAUAUUUACCAGAAAAUCUUUCAAACUUUGAUAUGAAAUUUGUCAAGAACCAUGAUCACAUUCCUAUUAUUUUAGUCAAAUUGUUUGCUUAUCAAAUGUUCUCCGGACUUAAUCAUAUGCAUACAAUUGGCUACAUUCAUCGCGAUAUAAAAACAUCAAACUUGCUUAUCGAUCCAGAAACAGGCGUUUUAAAGAUAUGCGAUUUUGGUUCUGCAAAAAGGCCUAAGCUUGGUCAAAAUUCAAUAUGUUAUGCUGGAUCCCGAUUAUAUCGAGCAAUUGAGAGUUUCUUACAUUCUGAAACAUGCGGAGCACCUAUGGAUAUAUGGUCUGCAGGAUGUGUUAUAACAAGAAUGUUACGCGGUGUAAAUCCAAUAUUUGCUUCAAGAACCUCCGAAGAAAUGAUCGAUCUUACGAUGAAUAUACUUGGAACACCAACUCCAGAGGAUAUCCAAGAUAUGAAUGUCAAAUUCUCACCAACAACACAAUAUAAGAGAAAACCUCUUCAAAUUUUGCUUCCUUCACAUACUCCAGAUGAUAUUAUUGAUUUACUUAAUAAUAUUUUCGUCUAUUCUCCAAAGAAAAGAUUUACCGCAGCUCAAUGCAUGCAACAUCCUUGUUUCUCUGAGUUAUUCAAGAUGGAUAAGUUGCCAAAUGGUCAUCCAAUGCCACCUCUAGAUGAAGUUCCAAAAUAG